UUCUUCUCUCGGACGUCUAGGAACAAACAAAAAUUAGGGUUUCACAUCUUAAAGAUUUUUUUCUCAAGUGGAUUGUCCCCUCCUCAAAGUCAGCUCCUUUCUUGCUGGAGUUUAGCGAUGAAGUAUUGUUUCAAUUCUUAUUCAUUAGAUAAAUCGAAUUUCAAUGGAAAUCUACUUGUAUCCUGUAAUGGCGGAUUGAAUCAUCUCCGACCAGUGUUUUGUGACAUGGUUCUUGUUACUGAGCUGUUGAAUCUCACUAUACUUGUUCCCGAGCUUGACAAGACAUCUUUCUUGUCUCAUCCAAGGUCUUGUGUUCUGUCACAAACUCUUAGACCUCUCUUACAUGAAUAUUUUCGGAGAGAAGAGAAGGUUGAACAUGGGGGCUCUUGCUCAGGUUGUUCCGUGGAUUCCCGAAGAAGACCUGCUUCUAAAGAAUGCCAUAGAGGCUGGUGCAUCUUUGGAAUCACUUGCUAUAGGCGCUGUGCAGUUUUCUAGAAGAUUUUUUUCUAUCAGAGAACUUCAAGAUCGACGGCAUGCACUCCUAUACGAUCCAGUAGUUUCUGCAGAGGCAGCUUUUCGGAUGGCUGAGCUUGAACGUACUACUAACCCUAAUUUUCCUACAAAGUUUGCUAGAACUGGAUCAAAAGAAAACAAAGGCUUUUCUAGGAAGAGGAAGGCUCAACAGCUCAGAAGCACUUAUCAUUCCUUGCGGAAGAAAUUUCAGACUGAGUCAUUCAAUUCCUUGGAUCUAGGAUUCCUUGGCUCUGCAAAUGACGGCCAUUUCAUGGAUAAUAAUGGUGAUGCAACACAUCUUGGUCUUGAAGACUCUCACAUGGACAUCAUCCACAAUGCCUUCCCAGAUAUCUUGGCUGAUGCCGGUUGCCUGACUAAUCAUAGGAGGACGUUCACUGAAUGUGAUGCGGUUCAUGAAGAUUCAAAGCAGAAACUAGAGAUCUCUUCUCAUGAGCCGAAAGCAACCAUGGCUAGCACUGAUUGUUUCCUUGCACAUCUUUCAACUUCUCUUUUUGAAGAAGAGGAACCACCUCUCAUGGAAGUAAAUGGCAAAGAAGUUGACAAGUCGUAUUACGAUGGUCUAAGCUCACUCUUGGUGAAUCCUACCAAUGAUACAAAUAGCAGAGCUUUGCCUAUUAAUACCGGACAAGAUCCUUCCAGCUCCCAAGCUCAUCCAGUAACUGAUCAUGUGAUGCCUGAGCUAUAUGGUACAAGUUCACUGAGGUCAAUGAAGUGCAAACAUGUGAUUGACUCAGCUGCCCUUGAUCCUCAUCCUGAGGUUGUUGGUGGUGUUAUCUGCUGUUUAUUAAACCAAGAGGAUCCUGAUAUUUCGUGUAAUGAUGGCAUUCUUCUGUCCAACACCUGCCAUCCAAUGUCAGUUUCUUCGUUAGCCCGCCGAAACUUUAAAGAUACAAAUAAUCCAAUAACUUCAUCUGCUAGAGAUCUCCCUACCACUUGGGAAGGACAUGCACAAAAGAAAAUACCAGGACGUUUGCAAGGGUCUUAUAAAGGAAAGCCAGAGAUUGGUCAAUCAAGUCAAGGUGACUCAUAUAAGACUGUUCCUUCUACUGGUUCUGCACAAGCAUGCUCAAACACUCUGCUUUCUGAUGGGGGUGGUGCAAAAGAUGGAAACAACGAGAUGGCCGGUGGAAAACGAAUCGUCGGAUUUGAUGGACAUGGAAGCUACACCGAGAAGGAUAGUGGAAACAGUAAAGAAGAAAAAUGUGUAAUACCUAUAAAUGAAGUGUCAGAAGCAAAAGAUGUUGAUGUUGACUUGAUAGAGAUUCCAGACUCUGAGCUGGAGAUCACUCAAACAGAAGCAUGUGAAAAUGCUUUUGAGAGUGACGAGGACUUGCCGAACUAUUCUGACAUUGAAGCUAUGAUUCUUGACAUGGACUUGGAUCCUGAUGACCAAGAUAAUUUUGAUCUCGAAGUCUCCAAGUAUCAGAGCCAAGACAUGAAAAGAACAAUUAUAAGACUUGAACAGGCUGCUUAUUCAUAUAUGCAAUGAGCCAUUGCUUCCCGUGGUGCAUUAGCUGUUUUAUACGGUAGAUAUUCAAAACACUACAUCAAGAAACCUGAGCUUCUUUAA